AUGAGCAUGCGUCUGUGUGCCUGCCAAGCUGGCGGUCCCUCCUGUGGACCCGCCUGGCUCUUACCUGCAGAAGCAUCCGUGCCAGGCUCUCCGUGCUGUCCUCCUCAGCAGGACCUGCAUGCGGCUUCUCUGGUCACCAGAGCUGGGAGCCUGGGCACAGCAGCCUGUCUUCAGAACUUGUCCAGCCCUCCCCAGGAAGCCAAUCUGACUCUCAGUGUCAGGUCUCCCUCAUCCGCCAAGGCAUGUCCUGUCCCAGCAUCUUUUUGACAGGGAAAUGAAGACACCCAGCUGUGCCCUGCACCUGCCUUUCCAUUCUGGGGGGACUUUGGCCAGCUGACCAGGACCUCCAAGCCAGGCUGGUACUCUGUUCUUUGAAUGGCUUGUCUUCUGUGGUCACAGGGGUGAUGGGAGGCGCAAAUGAGGUCAAAGGUGAGAGGCACGAAGGUUCACUUGUGUCAAAGAUGCAUCAUCCUAAGAACGCUUUCCUGGGCUCACUCAGGCUUGGCAGUCAGAGGGAGCCACGUGGAAUCCCCAGGGAGCUCCGCAGUGCCAGCUCCCCAGGCCCUGCUGGGGAAGCGGUCCGAGGUUCAGCCCACAGCCGAGGCCCGGCCUGCCCUCCUUCUGAUGUCCAGCGGCAGCCGGACCCCUCCUCUGAAGCCAUGGGCCCCUCCCGCCCUGCACUCCCGUCCACGACAAAGCUCGGGCUGUGGUGGCUUCUUCUGAUCCCGGCAGCAUCCGUGCAGCAGGCCUCCCCCACCCAAGCCGAGGACCGCCUCUUCCAACACCUCUUUAGGGGCUACAACCGCUGGGCGAGGCCGGUGCCCAACACCUCGGACGUGGUGAUCGUGCACUUCGGGCUGUCCAUCGCCCAGCUCAUCGAUGUGGAUGAGAAGAACCAAAUGAUGACCACCAACGUCUGGCUAAAGCAGGAGUGGAACGACUACAAGCUGCGCUGGAACCCGGCUGAUUUCGGCAACAUCACAUCCCUCCGAGUCCCUUCGGAAAUGAUCUGGAUCCCCGACAUCGUCCUCUACAACAAUGCAGAUGGGGAGUUCGUGGUGACCCACAUGACCAAGGCCCACCUCUUCUCCUCGGGCACCGUGCACUGGGUACCGCCCGCCAUCUACAAGAGCUCCUGCAGCAUUGACGUCACCUUCUUCCCCUUCGACCAGCAGAACUGCAAGAUGAAGUUCGGCUCCUGGUCGUAUGACAAGGCCAAGAUCGACCUGGUGCCGAUGCAGCAGACGGUAGACCUCAAGGACUACUGGGAGAGCGGCGAGUGGGCCAUCGUCAACGCCACGGGCACCUACAACACCAAGAAGUAUGACUGCUGCGCCGAGAUCUACCCCGACGUCACCUACUACUUCGUCAUCCGGCGCCUGCCGCUCUUCUACACCAUCAACCUCAUCACCCCCUGCCUGCUCAUCUCCUGCCUCACGGUGCUCGUCUUCCACCUGCCCUCCGAGUGCGGCGAGAAGAUCACGCUCUGCAUCUCCGUGCUGCUCUCGCUCACCGUCUUCAUGCUGCUCAUCACCGAGAUCAUCCCGUCCACCUCGCUGGUCAUCCCGCUCAUCAGCGAGUACCUGCUCUUCACCAUGAUCUUCGUCACCCUGUCCAUCGUCAUCACCGUCUUCGUCCUCAACGUGCACCACCGCUCCGCCAGCACCCACAACAUGCCCCACUGGGUGCGGGUGGCCUUUCUGGGCUGCGUGUCCCGGUGGCUUCUGAUAAGCCGGCCCCUGCCACCCUUGGAGCUCCGCGACCCCCCAGAUCUGAAGCUCUGCCCCGCCUACCGCUGGCUGGAGACCAACGUGGAUGCGGAGGGGACGGACGAGGAGAAGGAAGGCAGAUGGGCGCGCGCGGGUCAUUCGUCCCCCUUCACAGGCGUCCCUUACAGCCAUGGGGGUCUGCGCCCAGGGGCCUCGGGUCCCAAGGCGGAGGCCCAGUUGCCGGAGGGUGGGCCCCUGCUGUCACCUCACAUACAGAAAGCACUGGAGGGCGUGUGCUAUAUUGCCGAUCACCUGCGGGCCGAGGAUGCAGACUCCUCGGUGAAGGAAGACUGGAGGUAUGUGGCCAUGGUCAUCGAUAGGAUAUUCCUCUGGUUGUUUAUCCUCGUUUGCUUCCUGGGGACCGUCGGACUCUUUCUCCCGCCGUUCCUAGCUGGAAUGAUCUGAUGCCACAUCGCCUGCUUUGGCCCAGACGUGGCAUAGCUGACAGUCUUUAACGGCUGCCGCCUCUGGAGUAUGCCUUCGGAGUCAACGCCAUCCAACUACAGGUGCCUUUCCAUGGCGUCCGGACACGGAAGCCUUCUUGGGAUGAUUCACUUGACAGUAUUGUACUUUGUGCUGAGAAUCUGCCGGGCACGGAGCCCUGUUUGGAUGCUGAAGAGCUGGGCCAAAAGGAACUUGCUCUGCAGAAGGUUACGACGUGGUGAUGACAACGUGAAGACGUAUGAGAUGCUCCUGGGAUGCAGACUCUGAGGGAUGCGGGUGGGGGGAACCCAGGGGUUGGGGAAGGGCCAUGAGAGGAGGCUCAGACCUCAAAGGAGGGGUGCGUAGGGAGAGAGCGCCUCGGGGGCGUGGAAGGGCUAUGAACAGCAUUUGGGAUUCAGGAACAGCCCGAAAAGGCAGGGGGGACAGCCAGGCUGAGGUGGGCUUGAGGAUGGGGAACAGAGGGAGGAGGUUGGAAGGGGAAGAGAAGGAGGAGGGCCACAAGUGGGGCGGAUGCAGGUAGCUGGGCCGUCCCACCCACCUGGAAGCUCUUGUGACAGCCCAGACUUCCCCUACCUUUAGCCCCGGCCUUCCCCGUGCAGACCCGCUCAGCACCAGCUGGCCCUCCGAGAGGUGUGGCCACACUGAGAGUCCCCGUCUGCAGGGGCGCUAUCUGUCCUUCAAUGCGCGUGGACAAACCAGAAGGACACCCCCAGCCAUUCCUGACCCAACUCAGGCCCGCGGUGCUCUCCCCCCGCCCCAAUACACAGGAUGAGUGGUGGUCAGGCCCCAGGCAUCCAGGACUUUUGCUUGGAGGAGCUGAGAGGAACGAGCUGGAUGGCUUUGCACCCCGAGACGUUGCAGGACCCCUCCCUUUCCCAGCCUGCCCGCCCUUCUUACCCGAAGCCCCGCGAUGUCUUCUGACCGGCUCUGUGCAGCCUGUCUUGCCGCCUGGAAUCCCGCAGUCCCUCGCCCCAGAGCCGUGCAGCCCGUCCAGCCCAUCCAGCCCGAGGGCAGAACCUCGGCCCUAACAGAUGCGGCACUGGGUCCUCCGGACAGGGUGGGGACUCUGGACGAGCAGCCAAGAGGGGCAAGCACCUAGUUCUCUUUGACCUUCAGAGUCCCCUCCUUCUAAGCUCCACUUGCUCUCCCUGACAGACCCCGGGGGACCCUGCCACAGCGGGUCCAGUCCUCCUGCCUCAGUUCUCUGCAAGACCCCCCACUCAGAGGCCAUCCUGGUUCCUUCUGCUCUGCAGAUGCAGCUGCAACCUCCGCCGUCCUCCCUGCUGGCUCUCCUGGAGCAGUGGUGCUCCCAGACUUGACCUCCUGGUGCAGCGAUGUUCCCUCUUGUUAUUCCGUUUCCCACCCAACUGGCAAGUGAGUCAAGAGAUCAAAUAAAGCCGAAGGGCUGCUCAGUCAGCUGUGGGACCCCUCCCCAGCACCCCUGGGACCACCGCACCCCCCCAGAGCCCUGGCUAUUUGAUGGCAGCUGGGAGAGUGCCACUGGCAUCCCUGUGUGGCCCUGGAGGGGCUGCCUGGGACCCCACUGGAAAGUCACCCCUGGCUCAGGUGCGGGGGGGCGGGCAAAGGCCUGGGGCAAGCGCCUGACCCCGCUGCCCUGGCAUCACCGCGAGCCCCGGGGAGGGGGGGGGGUUGAGCCCUGGCUUCAGCCUUUGAUCUUCGCCCAAAGUAAGCACAAUCGAUUCCUUCCAGGGCCGAGGCCCGUGGUCAUCGUUACCCGCCCCGAAGGUCAAACAAACAAAACAAUCAAACCACAAAGCAAAUGGUACAAUUUUAAUUCCUCCACAAGUCAAAUAGAAAGAAGGUAAAAGAGUGUUCUGCACAAACACAAGAACGGGAGGGAGGGAGUGGUUGAGAAAGGGGGAGAGAAGACAAGUAAGAAAAGAGAAGGAAGGGGCCAGGGAGGGAAGAACGGAAAGGGGGCGAGGAAUGCGGGUCCAGUUUGGCCUCGUCUCUCCCCUUCUCCCCUCUUGGUGUGUGGACAACACAGCCUCCUGUGUCCCGACUCCCAGUAGCUUGUCCCUGGACUGUCCCAGGUCUCCCCUCAGGGGCACAUACGGCUGUCAGUCCAGACCAAACUCACAUUAAAUAAAUUCCACUAUACACUGUACAAGAAAGCCAGGUCCAUCCCUCUUGGCACCAGCCGCCCGCCUCCCCAGAGAGAGCCCCUCCCGGCCCCUCCCUCUGUGCACGGCGUGGGGCGGGGCUCCGUGGGCGGGGCUCCGUGGGCGGGGGAGGAAAGAUAAGAGCUUGGUUCCCCAGUCAGCCCGCCCUUCACAGGACGCGUAAAGCCAUCGUGGCCGCAAGGGGCCCCAGCGUGGCCCCCUCAGGCCAGGCAGCAGUGGCUGGCGGACAGCAGUCACGCUCCCUCUGAGCCCUCUUUGUCACCCCCUGCCGUCUGCAGCCCUGAGUCACCUCUGUCCAGCUGCGGCCUGAGCAGCACAGUCUGGGGGCGGGGUGGGGAGAGGGGACGUGCAAAAUGGCAGGGGAAGGAGGACUCUCCUCGCCUGCCCCCCCCCCCCCCGGGGGACCCAUAGGACCGAAGGUCAGGCAGGGGCCGGGGCAGGGAGGGACACGGCGGGCGGGGGCGGAGACGCAGGCGGGAAGCGUUGCCCUCUUCACUCUGCCAGCGGCUGGGCCAGGUUGGCCAGAACCUUGGCCUGGUCCACGGCGUCCAGCAGGUUCUUGGCAUCCACAGCCAGCGUGUGGGAGGCGGUGAGCAUCUGCCGUUUGCACUCCUCACUCAGGGAGGUCACGGCGUUUUGCUGCGCCAGUCGCAUCUUAUUGAUGAGCUCCGCCAGGUCCUUGUUGAGCAGUUUCUGGGUCCCCUCGAUCUGUAGGAAGAGCACACGGGAGGGGCUGGGACCCUGAGGGGCCGCGACGUGCAGGCCGGGAGGAUGGGGAAGCCACACGGGAGUCCACCUGGCGCUGGCCCAGGAAGUCGGACGUUCUCUGGGGGGUGGGUCUGACCCAGGCUUGGGCUGAAUCCAAGGCCAGUGCGGGCUGGGGGCCAGGUCGGCAAGAACAGACACUGCAGGCACCCCAGGCCCCAGCCCGCCUACGCCAGCGCCCUCCGAUCCAGCCCCAGAGACCCUCCCUUUGUGCCCUCAUACCCUCGUGCUGGCCCGACGUGGGUGAAUGGUCAGGGGUCAAGUGCAUUCACUCAUUGGUUAACUGUGUACCAUCAAAUCAAGAGAUCAGCGACAGCGGUUUGGGCUGUAGGGUUUUAUUUACUACCAUAUCCCCAUGCCUAGUGCACUGCUGAACAUAUACUUGGCGCUUAAGAGAUAUUUACCAAGUGAAAUGAAUGACUGCCACUCUCAAGCCGGACGGGGGCUCCUCUGGGUUCUUGCUGCCACCCAGAGGGGGCGCAGGAAAUGCCCAGACGCUCCUGCCCUAUGCGUGGUCACAGUGGGGACAGUGGUGGGCUGCAGGGGUCGCCUGUGUCACAUUGCUGACCACCAGGAGAUGGUAGAUCGAAAGCUACAGCCUGGCAGAGGGUGCGGUGAUCUGCUGGAGCCUGUGGCUGGUUUCCAGACAGAAAACCAACACACGUUCAGAGGCACAGCCUCAGUCUCCAGUUCUGCGGUAACAAAUUACCACAAACGCCGUGGCUUAAAACCACGCAGGUUUAUUCUCUUACAGUUCUGGAGGUCAGAAGUCUGGAAUGGGUCCCAUGGGGCUAAUGUCAAGGUGACGGCUGGGCUGCGUUCCUUCCGCAGGCUCAAGGGGAGAAUCUGUUCCCUGCCUUUUGCCGCCUUGAAAGGCUGCUGCCUUCCUUGGCUUGCAGAUCCUUCCAGCAGUGGCAUCAUUCCAACCUCUGCUUCUAUCAUCCAUCUCCUUCUCUGACUCAUAAGACCUCUGCUUCCACCUCCCUCUUACAAGGACCCUUGUGACUACAUUUUACCCACACGGAUAAUCUCAAGAUCCUUCACUUAAUCCCAUCUGCAAAGUCUCUUUUGUCAUGUAAGGUCACGUAGUCACAGGUUCUGAGGAUGUAGACAUCUUAGGGGGGCAUCACGCUGCCUACCACUGGGACCAUCUCAAGUUAGA